GAGGUAGAGACAUAGGGCAGAAGACUAUCGAGAGAGGGAGUGGGGUCAAGAGAGACAGAUGAAACCUGAAAAGAGAGGUACCGGGUCAAGAGUAGAGAAAUACGGUCGUGUGGUCCAACUCUCAGCCGCAUUUUAACGAAGUUUUUAAAAAAUGUGACAACUUUUCCAAAUGCAAAAAAUGUGACAACUUUUCCAAAUGCAUUUUUAGGCAUCAUCGUGUCGCGCGACGUGCGAAUUCAGCCACGCCAAGCGGACCCUUAAGCUAGAAUUCAUACUUGAUAAAAUUAAUAAAACUAAAGCUCAAAAUGAGUGGAGUUAACUCAAAUCGACUGGUUUACAGCGCCCCCGCCCUCUUGCCAUUGGAAGCCGUCAGGAACAAAGGUGUGAGCGUGUGAGAAGUGGAUGAGGGGGUAAAGCACUCCGACCACUCAAUCGUCCAAAACAUAUAUCAAAAUGCUCCUUCUUUCUCCCUCCACCCUCCUCUUCCAACUCCAUGACUUCUCCCUCCUCCCCUUUCCUCUCCGUUUCCCGAUCCAAUGCCUCUUCUAUCCCCGUCCCAACACCCUCCCCACUCUCCUUUCGCCAACCACCCACCACCAUCUCCAUUUUCCAUCCCUGCCAACAUCCCGCUAUUCUCCCCCACCUCAAACUCCACUACCCCAACUCUCUCCUGCGUAACUUCCUCUCCCCAUCCGCAUCCGCUUCCUCCCUCGCUUCCGCCGAGGACGACGAUACCCCCAAACUUUCGGACAACAAUGAUCUCCCGGAGAUGGCGAAGGCUUUAGGAAUCUCCUCCCGGCUGGCUUACGGGGCUUGCUCUUGCUUAGUCCUGGCAGGCCUGAGCGUACCCUUUGUGAUGCGAUCGGUGUCGUCCGCGGCGAGCACGAAGAUUAGGGUUCUGUCCUAUGUGACUCUGCUAUCCGGGUUCUACAUGGCGUGGAACAUUGGAGCUAAUGAUGUGGCCAACGCGAUGGGCACGUCGGUGGGCUCCGGGGCGCUCUCGCUUUUGCAGGCGGUAGUGAUCGCUGCUGUGCUGGAGUUUUUUGGAGCGUUCUUGAUGGGGACUCAUGUGACGAGCACUAUGCAGAAUGGCAUCCUUGUGGCGUCGGUGUUUCAGGGAAAGGAUUCGUUGCUUUUUGCUGGGCUUCUUGGGUCGUUGGCUGCUUCGGGUACUUGGCUGCAGGUGGCUUCCUUCUAUGGCUGGCCUGUUUCCACUACACACUGUAUAGUAGGUGCCAUGGUUGGUUUCGGUAUUGUCUACGGUGGCAUCGGAGCUGUUUUCUGGAGUUCGCUCGCACGAGUAACUUCAUCAUGGGUUAUAUCCCCUAUCAUGGGUGCUGCAGCAUCAUUCCUUGUUUAUAAAUGCAUCCGCAGGUUUGUGUACAGUGCUGACAAUCCAGGCCAGGCUGCGGCAGCUUCCGCACCAGUUGUUGUUUUCCUCGGCGUUGCAGGAAUCUCCUUCGCCGCUUUCCCACUCAGCAAACUCCUUCCAAUUGCUCUUCUUCAAGCAUUAGCCUGUGGAGUCAUUGGCGCGCUCAUCGUUAGCCGAAUCAUACACAAACAACUCGGCCUCCUCCUGAGCUCCGAAGCCGAGAAGCCGUCGCCGAAACACAAACCUCAUCUGGAAAACAUCGGGUUUUUAUCCGACAUCGCUGGCCCAACAGGAGCUCAGUUGGAGAUCGUCUACGGCGUCUUUGGCUACAUGCAGGUCCUUUCUGCUUGCUUCAUGUCCUUCGCUCAUGGAGGUAACGACGUCUCCAAUGCCAUUGGUCCGCUUGCCGCUGCUCUAUCGAUUCUCCAAGGCGGAAUCAUGGGGAAUGAGAUAGUCAUCCCCAAAGAUGUCUUAGCUUGGGGGGGAUUUGGAAUAGUUGCAGGGCUCAUGAUGUGGGGAUAUAGAGUUAUAGCCACCAUAGGAAAGAAGAUCACCGAGUUGACACCUACCAGAGGUUUUGCGGCUGAGUUCGCCGCCGCUUCGGUGGUUCUCUUGGCGUCGAAGCUCGGCUUGCCGAUUUCCGCCACCCACACGCUCGUCGGUGCGGUCAUGGGGGUGGGGUUUGCUCGUGGCUUGAAUAGCGUUAGAGUUGAGACGGUGCGUGAGAUUAUCGCCAGUUGGGUGGUCACUAUUCCGGUUGGAGCCUUCUUGUCUGUGAUUUACACUUUGGUUCUCACCAAGCUUUUGCCAAACUCCAUUUGAGGAGAAAAAUUUGCAUUCGUAAGACGAACACAGCACUGCGUACGUCAUGGAGGUUAUUCAUAGGGUAUUGGGGGGUUAUAUCCUCGUUAUACCCCCUGUAACAUAUCUGUAACCUAUUUUUACCCUCUAGUAAGUUUCACGCUUCUGUUUUCAUAUAUUUGUAGGUUACAAGGGGUAUACCGCGGAUAUAACCUCCAAAUACCCACAAAUUUUUCUCCCAUUUGAGAUGAGUUUAGGUUGCCAUUAAUUUUGUUGUGAAGGACAAAAUUAUCUUCUUUAAGCAGUAUGUCGAAGGAAGAGAGAAGACAACUGCUUGAUCACUUGUGAUGUUCAGAGAAAUUUUAUCUGGAGCAAAAAAAAAAGGGAAAUCAUUUGGGCGAGAAACAAACAGUUCUGCUUGAUAAUUUUUUGGUUUGUGUGUGUUUAUUUGAGUUUUCUGUAUAACUGAUGUAAAUGAUAAAUUUCUGGAGAGUUAAGAGUGGGGUGGCCGUUGGAGAGCUCCAUGUACUGCAAAUAUUUUUUUGAUGUUCAUGUAAUCUGAAUCUGAAUUUUUCCCAUGAUAUAUUUACUAAACACUAUG